AUGACUUUUGAUUUGCUGUUGACAACAGUAUUUGUGUUUGAUAGGGUCGUUGAUGCACCUUCCACACCAGUGUUUGAUAGGGUCGUUGAUGCACCUUCCACACCAGUGUUUGAUAGGGUUGUUGAUGCACCUUCCACACCAGUGUUUGAUAGGGUCGUUGAUGCACCUUCCACUCCAGUGUUUGAUAGGGUCGUUGAUGCACCUUCCACUCGAGUGUUUGAUAGGGUCGUUGAUGCACCUUCCACUCGAGUGUUUCACAGGGUCAUUGAUGCACCUUCCACACCAGUGUUUGAUAGGGUCGUUGAUGCACCUUCCACACCAGUGUUUGAUAGGGUUGUUGAUGCACCUUCCACACCAGUGUUUGAUAGGGUCAUUGAUGCACCUACCACUCCAGUGUUUGAUAGGGUCGUUGAUGCACCUUCCCCUCCAGUGUUUGAUAGGGUCGUUGAUGCACCUUCCACACCAGUGUUUGAUAGGGUCGUUGAUGUACCUUCCACACCAGUGUUUGAUAGGGUCGUUGAUGCACCUUCCACUCCAGUGUUUGAUAGGGUCGUUGAUGCACCUUCCACAGCAGUGUUUGAUAGGGUCGUUGAUGCACCUCCCACACCAGAGUUUGAUAGGGUCGUUGAUGCAUUUUCCACGUCAGUGUUUGAUAGGGUCGUUGAUGUACCUACCACAGCAGUGUUUGAUAGGGUCGUUGAUGCACCUUCCACUCCAGUGUUUGAUAGGGUCGUUGAUGCACCUUCCACACCAGUGUUUGAUAGGGUCGUUGAUGCACCUUCCACACCAGUGUAUGACAGGGUCAUUGAUGCACCUUCCACACCAGUGUUUGAUAGGGUCAUUGAUGCUCCGUCAAUGGAGUGUGUGGAAGAGGAAGGGAGGACAUUUCGCUCCAAGAGUGCAUCUCUGUUAACAGCAAGAGACCAGGCAGAGGAAGAUCUGCUUGGAAUGGAUGUGGAAAUGGCUUCCUCUGUUCAUCCUCCUUCCUCGGUUGCAGGACAUGCAACCAUUCUACCACAAGGAGAAGUCAUUCAAACUGGUAUGGCGUUCUACCCAACAUCUGCUUCAACGACUUUCUCGUCUGGGCCAGUAGGGAAAUUUAAACAUGCUGAAAAAUCCUCUUUUGGAUCCGGAUUUGGUAGUUCAGUGCUACCUGCUUCACAAACAAUCCAAGCAGACAGACAAGUGGCGACACCUUUUUCAACGGGUUUCUCAUUUGGGGCAGUAGAUAUGUCUAAACAUGCUGAAAAAUCAUCUUUUGGAUCUAGAUUUGGUAGUUCAGUGCUACCUGCUUCACAAACUAUCCAAGCAGACAGACAAGUGGCGACACCUUCUUCAACGGAGUUUUCAUUUGGGGCAGUAGAUAUGUCUAAACAUGCUGAAAAAUCAUCUUUUGGAUCUGGAUUUGGUAGUUCAGUGCUACCUGCUUCACAAACUAUCCAAGCAGACAGACAAGUGGCGACACCUUCUUCAACGAGUUUCUCAUUGGGGGCAGUAGAUAUGUCUAAACAUGCUGAAAAACCAUCUUUUGGAUCUGGAUUUGGUAGUUCAGUGCUACCUGCUUCACAAACUAUCCAAGCAGACAGACAAGUGGCGACACCUUCUUCAACGAGUUUCUCAUUGGGGGCAGUAGAUAUGUCUAAACAUGCUGAAAAACCAUCUUUUGGAUCUGGAUUUGGUUGUAAUGUACAGAUGCCAUUUCACACAGACAUCAUGAAGCACAAUCUGCCAGGAUUCCAGGAUUCACAGAGCUUCAUGUCAUCUCUUUCAUCAGAUGUCAUGCAGCAGCAGCAACAACAACAGCCUCCAGUGAAAUCUAAUUCCCGGUUUGUAAACAAGCAUGCAGAUGAACAACUGUAUCAGAGUAGUACAUUUGGCAUGCAACAACAACAACAGCAACAACAGGCAUAUCCUUCUGAGGAAAGGAGGCCCCUGUUUGGACAAAGCUAUACAAAGGAACAAACAUAUCAGAGUGGUAUGUUUGGAAUGCAAGAGCAACAGCAGCAGCAACAAAAGAGCCCUCCACAACAGAUACCCUUUGGUGGACAGCCACUAUCAUUGGAAGGAGGAAGAGGAGGAGGAUUUGGAGGACUAUCUCGUUUCAAUCAGGAAUCUUUUAGUGGACAGUCGCUGUCAUUUGGAGAAGGGGGACUUGGAGGAGAUGGUGUAGGAUUCGGAGGACUAUCUACGUCCCCAUCAGACACCUUUUAG